UUCCGAUGCCCCUUCCCUGAGGCCUGUCCCGCUCCCUGUUCCUGUGCCCAGCCCCCGCUCACUGUCAGCUGUGGAUCCCGGGACCUGGAGCAGGUUCCCCGGGUAACCGCGGCCUCUCCAGGAGACGGAGCCUGGGGCCUGGGGGACGACGUCCGCCUCUUCCUGCCUCACAACCGGAUCUCGGAGCUGGAGCCAGACUCCCUGCCCAGCGGCCUCUCCGUGCUCUGGCUGUACUCCAACAACCUGAGCGCAGUGAGGCCUGGGGCCUUGUGGGGCCUGGUCCGCCUGGAGGAGCUGGACCUGGGAGACAACCCAUGCCUGAGCUCCCUGAGCGAGGAGACCUUCCGGGGCCUAGUCAGACUGCGGAGCCUGCAGUUGCCGCGCUGCGGUUUGCGGAGGUUGCCGUCCGGCCUGUUCCGGGGCCUGUCCUCGCUGCGUUACCUCUCGCUUCAGGAGAACCUCCUGCCCGAGCUCUCGCGGGGGCUCUUCGACGGCCUGGCCCAGCUCCGGCACCUCUUCCUCCACGGCAACCGGAUCGCGGCUCUCGCCGGAGACACCUUCCGGGGCCUGCAGGGCCUAGAGCGGUUACUGCUGCACCGGAACCUCCUGUCAGAGGUGCAGCCUGCGGCCUUCCGGGGCCUAGUGCUACUCGACACCCUCUUCCUGUUUGAGAACAGGCUGCGGGAGCUGCCAGGCCCGGCCCUCCAGCCCUUGGCCUCCCUCCGUUUCCUGCGGCUCAGCGGGAACCCCUGGGCCUGCGAUUGUCGGGCCCUCGCUCUGCGUCACUGGUUCAGGAGGUUUAGAGGGGCCAGCUCUGCCCUGGAGUGUGCCGAACCCCCCGGCCUUCGCGGCAGAGACCUCCGCCUCCUCACUCCAGCCGACUUCCAGGGCUGCCCAGGCCUGGGGCCUAGGCCGAGGCCUGGGAAAGUGGAGCCUCCUGCAAACCAGAGCCGGGGGGGGACAGGGGUCAGCGUCCGUCCGUCCAAGGGCCAGGCCGGGGAGGACUGGCCCGGGGAGUACGAUUACCCUGAGGCUCUGCCCUCCCCUGGACUAGGCCGCUGCGAGGGCGGAGGGUGCCAGAGGAACUCAGCCAACCAGGCCCCUGGGAUCUUCCUUUACCCUGUCUGGGGCCUGGCCUUGAUGUGGGCCUGGUGAACCCUGGGAGUGGGGGAGGAGGAGGGGGUUCCCAUGGCAACACCCACCCCCUCAACCUCAU